AGUGUCAAAGUUUCCUUUCCCGGCAAAAGCACCGGCAAGGAUUCUUCGAGUGUUUAAAGUGGUUUUCCAGUCGAGUUGAAAUCUGUUUGUUUUUAUAUUAUUUUGCAAAUCUGGAUGAGUCUAGCGAAGCAAUGAUCGCCGCCUCAGAGGCUCUGGAAUUUAUUCCUCGAGGGCGUCAGGCGGUAGAGGAGCAUCCUGGACCCGUAUACCACAAACAACAAGUGAAUAUACCCAACGAGCACAUCCUAUUACACCGUCUUCAAAAUGUCAAUAUCUCAUCCGAUGAAGACUUCAAUGAAUUUUGGUGUGUUCGUGAAAUUUACGAUGACAUCCACGAGUCGUCAUCGAAAAAGGAUGCUGCAGACAGCCGACCGGCUAGUCCCAACUAUAUGGUGGACUUCAAUAUAAAUUCAGAAGAGGAGUUGUACGUUAAAGGCUACACCGCUGUUUGGACAAACGGGAUCCAAUACGAGAACACGGUUUUGCCGAGGGUAUGCUUCACAUGCGAUACACCAAUUAAGUUCGCUUUCUUCUGCCACGAAGAGUUUUUGAAGACGGGUGAGCUGGUAAAAGAGAAAGAAACGCCAGCAAAAACAGGAGAUACGACUGCGAUUGGUUUGAUCGACUCAACAAGUCUUCGGAUAUACUGUCGCGAUGGAGAAACUUAUCUCACUAACCUGGAGUUUCCUGUAUCAAAUGUUUGGCAAACUAAAUUCGGUAUAAUUCUUGAAAAAGAGCCUUACAGUACCGUAAUCCAUUUCCAAUCGAUAUCAAUGCCACGAUUCUUCUCCUUGUCGCAUCCACUUUAUGAGAUGUGCCCAAUUUUACAUAAAUCACACGUUGGAACUGUAAAUUACAUAACUGAAGCUGAAUAUCGAAUCGUUUUCUCAACACCGGACAAUGAUCUGGUACUGAUGUAUGAUAAUAAAAUUGGGAAACACUUCGUGGCAAGAUUGAGAAAAGCCACCGAGGACGAAAUUCUGGCAGUCAGCGGUACAAAUGAGACGAAUAUCAGUGGAAUGACAGCAUCUAAUCGUGUUAGCAAUUACAGUGUUUCACACAGCUCGCUAAAACACUCAGGUUUUAUGAAGAAUUCGACAUCGAUUUUGGGGAAAUCUACCCCGAUUAAUAUAACCAACAGCCCACAUUUGGGAAAAUUUAUGCCUAAUAUGCCGACAUCAGGAAUUCCCAAUAUCAACAGUCGCGUCUGUACCCAAUCACCCCUUACUCGUUUGCAGGCAUCAAUUGGUGUUCAUUCAAUGUCAAUUCAAGACAUAAGAAAAAUUGGCCGGGCAGAGCCUUCAAAGCCAAUCGUACCUGAACUUUGUUUGGAGCACAUCUGGACAGAAAAUACAUCGGGGAGAGACUUCCCCGAAGAAGCAAGCAAAGCUUUCAACCACAUCGAUAUUGUUGGUCAACACUUUUUAUGCUAUUUACUGCAGCGUUCUGGUAAGCUCCUUCUCACUCGAAUGGAGAAGAUUAGUUCAUCGGAUGCUACACGUUUUGGAGUAGUUUCAACAAUUCAAGCUACAGAGGCGGUUCCGUUGCAUAGAAUGAAAAUGAUUGCAGUUAUGGCUCCUUGUGGCACAGUUAUUUUAUAUACCGGGGCUGUAAUGGUGAGUAAAGUGCAUAUAGCGGGGAUUCUAGCCAGUUCUUUGCCUACGAACCUGGGAAAUUCUUCUUUUUCUUCAUCGUUUCCAAGGAGAAGUAGCUUACUUCCAACUGUUCCGCCCUCGGUCGAAUCUACUUUUGAAGAUGAACUCCAUAUGCUCUCACCUGUUCAUCCCUUACAGCCGCCACCUAAAACAGCAAUAAGCCUUUCGGUAAAUCUCCGAGACCCAGCUGGGAACAGAUUAACGCUAACCUAUCCUGGUGGUAAAAUGUAUCGACUGGCUUUACCCUUAAUAAGUGAAAGCCCUUUCAUCUCAAGAUGUCUAACUGUUUUGAGACAAGUUAUGAGCAAAGAAUUAUUUGUGCAGUUGAUAGUGAAAUGGUACGGUGUUCGCAAUGCUCCAGGGGCCACUGAUUUCAGUUGUGAACAGGAAUGGGAGCGGUUCAAAAGUGCUUUGUCAGAGCUAAUGGGCAGAUCAUUAUCUUCGAGUGAGCCUACAUCCAAUUCAUGUUCAGAAGAGCCCAAGAAGAGAAGAAAAGAAGACGAUGAUGCCGGCACCGAUGAAGAUUGGGAAUACUUACUUUCUAAAUUGCAGCCAAAUUUCCUGAAAGACGCUACGAAUGUUAUCCCGCACAAUGACUUAAACGCUCCUCUAUUUUCAAAGAUACCAACUAUUUUCUAUACCCUUCACUUAUUGUAUGAAGACCUUAAACUCGAUGCCACCAUGCAUGGCUACCUGAAAUUUUUAGUAGAGUUCCUUCACCAACUAGCAUCAGAUAUGCAGCUGCAUGCAUAUUGCUUGCACUAUUUCUUUGAUUUUCCUGGAUUGGUACAUGUAACUGCGAAGAAUUUCUUUACCGAACAAGAUGGGAAGAAAAUGCUGAAGAAAAGUCUAUUACGGGAGCCUGUUCCAAAUAUUUAUAAACAAAUUGUUAAUAUAAUUAAAAGCGACGAUUCAGAUAAAUAUCCCUACGUGUUGAAUGUUAAUAAUCUGAGCAGAAAUAUUAUUCAGAUCGUAAGUCUCAUUUGCCAUGGAGUAGACAAAUUCAAAAACUGGUUCCGUUGCGUUGAAUUUGAAGCCCCCGGAAAGGACAUGAAACAACCGAAGCGGUUAAUUUCUUUGAAUUCCACACGAUCCGAACAAUUGAUUCAGAUGUUGAUUCAAAUGGGCAUCAAAAGAGCAGACGUUGAGCGUUUACCACCAGCAAUUCACUUUCUCAUCGUACAAUGUCUUGAACACUGUCGGCUAAAUCCACCAGUAGGGUGGGAAGCAGACGCCUAUGAACUAAUUCUCCGUUCAGAACUGAUCGCCCUAGCUAAAAUGAAGAGGGCCGACUAUUCUAACAGCCCAACGAUGCGGAGUAACAUAGACAAAGAGAAUUCCUUAUCACCGCGCAUACCUUCUUCUAACGAUUUUAUGCCGAAAUUCGAGGAUACCCGGUCAGAUGACGACGGAAUGGAGAAUAUUGAUACACAACUAUUACGUCUACGAUUCCCAAAUGAUUUACGUAUUGCUGAAAUUCGUCGCAUGCUAAGUAGUUCUGAGCCGGUGUUGAUUGACAUUACCCAAUCAUUAGGGGUAAGCGAUCAUGACUUCAUUGAGGAGCAGGAGAAACAACUGUUUGCGCUCUGCACAAGAACAAUGGCCCUUCCUAUGGGAAGGGGCAUGUUCACCCUCAGAACAACCACACCCAAAUCAACGGAAUCAAUGCCUAUUCCGAAAUUGUGCUUAACUGGAAAGGAGCCAAUAAAAGGUGCAACAAUUGAAAUGCAGCAGAUCGAAAUACCCCCGAAUAUGAAUUUGUGGCCAUCAUUUCACAAUGGCGUAGCAGCAGGACUACGAAUAACACCGAACGCUGUCGAUAUUGACUCGACAUGGAUUGUGUAUAACAAACCGAAGGGACAGACGGACAUUUCUACUGAACAUGCUGGAUUUUUGAUGGCUUUGGGAUUGAAUGGACAUUUGAAGAGUUUGUCGUUUAUGAGUAUUUACGAGUAUCUGGUAAAAUGUGAUGAAAUGACAAGUGUAGGUCUACUGCUAGGUAUAUCUGCAACGCAUAGAGGUACAAUGGAUAACACAACUACAAAGCUAUUGAGCGUACACAUUGAAGCCCUUCUACCAGCAACAGCGUUAGAGUUAGACAUUCCGCAGAAUAUUCAGGUGACAUGCUUAAUGGGAAUUGGCCUUGUAUAUCAAGGAACUGCGAAGCGUCACAUAGCAGAAGUUCUUUUACAAGAAAUUGGUCGUCCACCGGGACCGGAAAUGGAGAAUAGCGUGGAACGAGAAUCAUAUGCACUCACUGCCGGGCUUGCUUUAGGAUUAGUUACUUUAGGUCAAGAAGAAUCUCCUGCAGGUCUAAGGGAUCUACAGUUGCCAGACACGUUACAUUACUACAUGGUCGGAGGCAAUAAACGUCCGCUGACCGGAUCACAAAAAGAAAAAUAUAAACUGGCUUCAUUCCAAGUUCGUGAAGGGGAUACUGUCAACAUUGACGUGACAGCUCCCGGUGCUACUUUAGCUCUCGGCCUGAUGUACUUCAACACAGGAAAUCAAGCAGUUGCUGCAUGGAUGAAACCGCCCGAUACAAGUUAUUUGCUUGACUUGAUUCGACCAGAUCUCUUACUAUUGAGGAUUAUCGCAAGAGGAUUGAUCUUAUGGAGCGACAUUGAACCCACCCGAGAUUGGCUUUUCACCCAAUUUCCUGCCAAUCUUGAAUUUGAUAUACAUCGUGGUCCGGAAGAAAUCAAUAGUGAUAUUGAUCACGAGGCGAUUACUCAAGCUUAUUGUAACAUCAUUGCCGGCGCUGCAUUUUGCAUUGGAUUGCGAUAUGCCGGGACGGAAGAUCCAACAGCUUUCAAAACUCUCACGAAAACAAUACAAAUAUUUCUCAAUAUGAACGGUCAAUACGUAGUAGAAUAUGCUGGAAAAGUGACGGUGGAGAAUAGUCUAAUGAUUAUCUUGCUGGCAAUAUCUCUGGUUUUCGCAGGUACUGGAAACUUAGAUAUAUUACGACUAAUUCGAUAUCUGAGGUCAAGGAUUGGUGCUUCUAACUCACACGUGAAUUAUGGUUCGCAAAUGGCCAUUCACAUGGCCCUGGGUUUCUUGUUUUUGGGUGCUGGACGAUAUACACUGUCAAGGAGACCUGAAGCGAUUGCCGCUUUGGUGUGUGCUCUAUUUCCAAAGUUCCCGAAUCACAGUAAUGAUAAUCGGUACCACCUUCAAGCUUUCAGACAUCUCUACGUGCUUGCUGUAGAACCAAGGCUAUUUCUACCCAGAGACAUUGACACCGGAAAACUGUGCUUAUGCAACAUAUCGGUCAUAGAACUAAACAGCAACGAACUCAGAGACUUACCAAUGGCACCUUGUAUGUUACCCGAAUUAAGUACACUCAAAGCAGUCACCGUGAAUGAUCCGAACUAUUGGCCGAUAUGUUUCGAAAGGGACCGAAAUUGGGAUCAAUUGUUGCGUGUACUUGAGAAUUGUGAACCAAUAGACAUCAAGAAGCGAGCCGGGUGCCUAUCUCAUCUGGAGGACCCUGAUCGACUUAUAAGCCUCCUUGCCCAAACACUUACAUCUGAGCAAUAUUCCUGCUGGAAAGUCGACGUCAAGUCGCUCCUGUCUUAUUCAAGUGAUUCGCGUGUGGUUUGUUUCACGGAGAAAUUCCUACAAACGAACGAAGGGUCGGAGCUUACAAGCCGAAGGGAAAUAGAACAAAUGCAACUUUUGAUGAUAAUCUUUUACAACUGCCUUAGACGCGAUAAAAUGCAUGCUUUUCCCAUCUGCCUAUCGUUACUUAGCUCCUUGAACCAUCUAACCAACAACAUGGACGUUUGGCAAAUGAAAAUCAUAAAAGCCUAUCAAAGUUCCACAACUGACGAUGUCCUUCAUCUCGACGAAAUUUUAGAUUCAAUUGUGGCGAAAACAGCUAGUUGCAUGGAAGCGUGGUGUGGGAAAUAUUCAUCAGUUCUGAAGCAUGUCAUCACGUCGCCCAAUGUGGAUGCACUGAAACGCAUACCAAUUGACAAUCUCAGCGAGGUUACGUCUGUAAUGAUCUACUACGAUCUCAUUCCGAAUAUUGUGAGUUCAGUCGAUUUAUCGGGUCGCGUGAAUUAUUUGAGAUUGUUGUAUGAAUUUAAGAAACUCCGUUUUGAUACAGAGACAAUUAGUUGUAUAGGAAGAUUGCUAAAUGUAAAUUGAUUGUUCAGAAAAUGAAUAAAUUGAUGUGAGAUGUA